UGUCACUGUCAAAAUCUUUUAUUCACAAUUUUCUUUACUUAUAUCUACUGAUUAUCUUUUGCUUACUUCUUUUCAACCUGUUAUUUUAGAUAUUUAUUAGCUAAACGAAAAGUACUUUUUUAUCAUUAAUUCUAAUAUACUAUUUCUAUUCUAUAUGGAUCAUUUAAUAUAAAUAUUAGAAUGUAUUUUGCCUCUGUUAGUUCACGUUUGUUGUUGUAUGAUAGUAACAGUUGGGAUUUGAAAAAGUCUUAUGGGUGCUACGACGGUGUUUUGAGAGAUAUAUCCUGGAGUGACGAUGGAAAAUACAUUUUGCAGGUUAAUUCUAAAGGCUUAGUAGAAAUAUUGAGUCCUGCUGAACAUGAUGUGAGGAGUCUUCAACACAUACCUUUAAAAGAUACAUGGUCAGCUAGCUUCCAUCGGGAUGGCCACCGAAACAUAGCUAUAGGAACUAAAAGUGGAAAUGUUGUGAUAUGGGAUACUAAGAACAAAACAAUAAUAAAAACAUUCCCAACACCCUCACAACAAUACAGUGUAAACUAUUUAAGUUAUAAUGCCAAGAACACGAGCUUAGCAGCUACAACACAGAAUGGUGACACAGUUAUAUAUGGUCUCGUUUCUAAUAUACCUGUGCUAACUGUAAAACUUUCAUGUUCUAGAAGUAUAUCUGCUAUGAAAUUUCACCAUGAAUCGCGCUCUCUCCUCGGACUUGCCACUGAUGAAGGCCAUGUAGUUUUACGUGAUAUAACAACAAACAAAGAUAAAGCAUUUUUCGAAAAUGUCCAUGCAUCUCCUGUCAGUGAUUUUGCCUUUUCUCUUAUUAACAAGGAUGUUCUGCUCUCGAGUGGAUAUGAUAAAAUUUUGCAUGUAUACGAUAUAAGAUUACAAAAUGUUGUAUCCACAAUUCGCACUUCCUACACUUUAACAUCUUUGGCUAUAAAUUCGGAUAAUCUGGUAGCACUCGGCACAAAAACUGGAUUAGUUUUAGUUUAUGAUUUGAGAGAUUUAACAAAACCUUUCAAUGUUUUGAAAGGACAUGAAGAGGAGGUUCGAAGGGUCGCCUUUCAGCCUGCACGUAGAAAGACAUUAUCUGCAGAUAUUAGUCUUCGUGAGGACAAUGAGGUUACAUCACCUCAAAAUGUCCAAUCACCAGUGAAAACUAGAACGUCAGAUAUGUUUUUUGUUAGUGAUACACCACCGAAAAUAAAUUUAGAUAUGUCUGUGCAAGGAGCUGAUAAUAAAGCUGAUUCAUUUUUAGUCAUGAUGGGACUUGAUAAAUCAAACUUCGAAUUGGAUGACGACGGCAACAAGUCGGCAGAUCACGACAGGAAGAGUGAAAGACACGAGUUAAAAUAUCGCCAAUUAGACAGUGAGAAAAACAUAAGUAAAAUUUCAACACCACUUAAUAGUAAGGCAGCCGAAAACCUUGGAUUUCCAUCGCCUAUAGGCAUCACAAAUGGUGUGCCAGAUGAUGGGUGUUGUUCGAACAUAAAUUUAUUGAAUGUAAAACAACCGAGCUGUACCAUGCAGGGUAAUAAUUUUGAUACAAAAACAGUAGAAGAACUAAAAGACUUUGUAAAAUUGACUCUCUCUGAUGUCGCAGAUGACAACAGAAACUAUUUCCUUCACAUAAUGAUGGCGUUAACGAAACAAAAACUAUUUUUGGAAAAACAGCUGUCUAAUAUGAAUGAACAAAUACAGAAUUUGGUACACAAUCAAAAUGCACUAGUCGAUAUAAAUAGAAAGCUCGCUUUAGAAGUGGAUCUUUUGAAGGCUAGACAGAACUCUUUAUAAUUUAUAUUGUACGACUGAAUUAGAAUCUCUAAUCAUGUGAAAAUGUUUUAAAACUUGAUAGUUUUUUUAAAAUAGUUAAUAUGGAAUGAUAAAGUUAUGCACACUUGAAAUAUGUAUUUUACCUUCACUGAAAUGUAACAUUUCAGUGUAGGUAAUUUGGAAGUUAUAUUCUGAUGAUAUGCAAGUUAUGAAUUGUGAUUGUUAUUGAGUUAGAAUGGAAUAUUCACAAUAAUUUAUAGGGCUCAUCAAUGUUAAUAUAAAUAAUCAUUCCCUAAAUAUUAUAGUGCCAAUGUUUAAGAGAAAUUAUGUAUGUACCAGUAAGAUUUACUUAGAGCUGUGCCAUUUUGCCCCAAUUAAAUCAGUAAGUAGAUAGUAAAAGAAAAAAAUCCUAAUAACAGUAUUUACCUACUAUUCUAGUUAAAUGUUGCAUUUAAUUGUAUUGUUACUUAUGUUUGUUAAUAGUUGAGCUGAUUUGGUUUCAAUAAAGUGAUAACUGAUGUAUUUACAUGUAA